CAUCAACAUUCUUCAUUUGUAUUUUAGAAUCUUUCUUCAUUCAUAAACUCUUUACACUUGAGCUACGUUUCCUUGUUUUAUCUCUUUCAGUCUCGACUCUGUCAUCUUCUUCUUCUUCUUCUACCUCUCUGUUGCCCGUCUCAUCUUUGCUACUUCUUCUUCUUCUUUGAUAAAGUCCACUUUCGCCUUUCUUUCAUGAUUCUGCACUCUGUUCCGAUGCUAUCGUCCUUAAGAAACUCCCUCCUGUGGCGGAACAGUACGCCUGCACCUCCGCCUUCCUUCAAAGCAGCUCUCCGCUUUCCCUUCUCUUCCAGUUUAGGAGUUUGUUACAGAACCACAAUCUCUCCUCUUUCUUGUUCCUCUGAUAUUGUCCAGCCCGCCCCUGUUAUCACUGCCUGGUCGGAGUUCGCUCAAAAUGUGUCUGGAGAAUGGGACGGUUUCGGAGCAGAUUUCUCACGCGAAGGACAACCUCUGGAACUACCCGAGUCAGUGGUUCCAGAAGCCUAUCGAGAAUGGGAAGUGAAGGUGUUCGACUGGCAGACGCAGUGUCCCACUCUUGCUCAACCCCACCCACAGUACACCUUCCUUUACAAGUCCAUCAAACUCCUCCCCACCGUUGGGUGCGAAGCCGAUGCCGCCACCCGUCACAGCGUCGACCAUAGGAGCAUCGGUCCAAGCGCCUUAUCCUUCUCUUAUUCCGUCUCUGGCUCUUACGUCGCCGUGUGGCGGCCUCUGGGGGACAGCCAGCUGCUAGAGGUGGAGCAUUGCCUGGUCAAUCCGAACGACAAGGAGUCCCGCGUCAGGAUUUUCCAGGUCGUAGAGACCAGAAUGUUGUCGUUGCGCAGUUUCAAAGUUUUCCGUGAGCUUUGGUAUGGUCCGUUCAGGGACGGCGACCAGCUCGGAGGUUGCGCCACGCGUAGCUCCGGGUUCGCUUCUACACCUGCCACACCAGCUUCGGCGGUAGCCGGUUCUUGGAGAGCUGUGCUUGCUACCACUAGCUUUCACGCCUCUGAUUCCGGCUGCAUUCAACAAUUUACUGGCGAGAAGGUGGUUGAGAUUGUGCGAGAAGAAAAGGAUCUUUUAUUGCUUCCUCAAGACCUGUGGUGCUCACUCCAAGAUGGCAAAGAUGGCGAGAGAUUGUUUUCUGUAGGAUGGUUGUUUGAGCCAGGUCAUGCUUUCACAUCUACCUGUGUCUUCUCCAGCGAUUCUAAGCUAGAGGAGGUAACAAUGGGUAGAGAGACUGCCCUCACAGAUUUGUGAUAAGCUUCAGUAAUCCUGUUAUUAUUUCCUCUAUAGGAUGUGUCGAUAUAUAAUUCAAAUUACAUUCAGUAAUAUUAGUACAUAUUAGAGUGCAGAGCCCUUGUUGGUUCUAUAAUUACUGGGAAGGAUCCAGACUAUAUAAACCAUGUUUCUGUGGA